GUGCCAAAUUCGCAGGUUGUGUGAGAUUUAGAUUAGAAGCACAGACUUGAAAAGUAGCUAAUUUAGUUUUAUAGUUUUAUUUAAUCUAAUUGGUUUGCCCUGGAGCUGGGAUUAUUUCCAACAAAAUAAGUAAAAAUGGAGGAGUACGAGGAGGAUGAAGAAAUGCCGGGAGCAUCCAGUGGGGGAUGGGGACGAGGAAAUCAAUGGGACACUGAUGAAAAUCAGCAAAAUUUGAAUAACUCUGAAGAUGCAGAAAUGUUAGAAAAUCCGGAAGCGGUGUUAACUGAAUGUUUGGAAAAGUUUUCCAGUCCUGAUUAUAUACAUGAACCUGGAAUUUUUAACCAGCUUAAACGAUACUUCCAAGCAGGAGGUAGUCCAGAACAAGUUAUAGAACUUCUGUCCACGAAUUAUAACGCUUUUGCACAAAUGGCAAACUUGAUGGCGGAAUGGAUUAUUUGUGGGGGUUCAAGUAUAAACGAAGUUCGUACAAUGGUGGAGACAAGCUUGACAGAUAUGAUUUUAAAAACAUUCGACCCCAAAAAGGCGGAUACAAUUUUUAGUGAAGAGGGAGAAACACCUGGUUGGUUAACGGAAAUGAUUGAGCAUAAAAAUUGGCGUACACUAGUUUACAGGCUAGCUGAAGAAUUUCCAGAGUGUCUCAUGCUUAAUUUUACAAUAAAGUUGAUCUCUGAUGCUGGUUUUCAAGGAGAAAUUACAUCAAUUUCUACAGCAGCUCAACAAAUUGAAGUAUUUUCUCGUAUGGUCAAAACUUCAAUUUGCAAAAUUCUAUCCAGCAAUGAAGACAACAUUCUAAAACAUAUGCAGGAUACUGCGAAAAUGAUCUGUCAUGCUGAACAUACUUUUGUAUACAGCCAAGUACUGCUUAAUGUAUUAAUGCAAGAAACGGGUCGUGGAGGAAUGAAAAGGCUGUCGCAGGAAAUUAUAAAAUGUGCUCAUGAUCAAGAUCAUGAUGUAACUGCCGUUGUAAUGAGUUUGAAUGGGUCCACUAACUAUCCAAGAGCUUGUCAAGCCUUAUCUGCAAUGCUUUCGAGAAAUGCCCUUAAUCCUGCAGAUAUUACAGUGCUGUUCAAAAUGUUUUCUACCACAAAUGAUCCUCCCCCAGUUGAACUUAUAAGGGCACCACAGUUUCUAGAGUUGCUGAUUGAUGCUCUUUUUAAACCUGGGAGCAAAUUGAAUCCGGAACAUAAAUCCAAAUAUAUUUAUUUGCUCGCCUAUGCUGCCAGCGUUUGUGACAUUUUUCGACGUGGUCAGAGGCACAGUUUAAAACAAGAUGAGCUGAAAUCCACAAUUACUUCCAUUGAAAAAGUUCAUUCCAUAUGCAAUUCAAACAAGAGUAGUUCCGAAUUGGUGGUUGAAUUACCAGCUUUAUACAACUGCAUUCGGUUUCCAGUACUGGGUGUUGGUGUAAUCCGUUGGGUGGAGUGUACGGUGACGGAACCGUCGUAUUUCAAGCUUUGUACUGAACAUACUCCCGUUCAUAUUGCUCUCCUUGAUGAGAUUGUGGCCAACCAUCAUCUUCUCCACCAAAAAGUCUUGGAGCUCCUCAUCUUGCUGUUUGAGUCCAAACAGGAUGAGCUGGAAAUUCUGGUCCAGCUCGAACUUCGUAAAAUGCUGUUGGACCGUUGCGUGAACUUGUUAACUCGAGGCUGUGUGGUGCCGGUUCUCAAGUACAUGAAACAAUGCUGGCUUCGCGGUGACACUGACAUUUCUCUCAUCAGAUAUUUCGUUAACGAAGUAUUGGACGUAGUGAGUCCUCCAUAUUCGAGUGAGUUUGUGCAGUUAUUCUUACCCUUGGUGGAAAGCGACGAGAUUACUGGGAGCUCAGUAAAAGAUUACAAGGAUCCAAGCAGUGAAAUGCAAGAUGUUGUUGGGGAAUUCAUCGUCUACUGCAAGGCGAACUACUCUUCUGCAUCCACCACGGCGGGGACGACGACGAAUACGACGACGUAGAUGUGAUUUGAUGGGAUUGACUAUUGAGGAGCAUUGGAAUUUUUUUCUGAAUAAAUAAAGGAUGAUAAAUGACGUUUUAUCUCUA